AUGAAGGAUAGACAUUUCUCCUCUACAUAUUACAUUCGAAAUUUAUCAAAUGGAGAGAAGCAAGAUAGGAAAUGGCUGGCAUAUUCAAAUGCUUCAAAUAAAGUAUUUUGCUUUUGGUUUAAGUUGUUUAAGGAAGAUGGGAACAAGACUCAGUUGGCUACUAAUGGAUUUAAAGAUUGGAAGAAUCUAAGUAACAAGCUUAGAAGUCAUGAAACUAGCAAUGAGCACAUUACUUGUAUGAGCAAAUGGAUUGAAUUGGAAAAAAGAUUGCAAAAGAAUGAAACAAUUGAUAAAGGUGUUCAAGAACAAAUCAAUAGGGAGAGAGAACAUUGGAAAAAUGUGUUCCUAAGGAUAAUUGUUGUUGUGAGAACUCUUGCUAAAAAUAAUUUAGCGUUUCGUGGAGACAAUGAGAAGAUUUAUCAAGAAAGAAAUGGAAAUUUUUUAAGUUUAAUUGAAAUGAUUAUUCAAUUUGAUUCGGUAAUGCAAGACCACCUUCAUCGCAUUGAAAGGAAUGAAAUUCAUUACCAUUAUCCUUGUCACAAAAUCCAAAAUGAAGUGAUACAGAUGUUAGCGGGUGAGAUCAAAAGUACAAUUGUGAAAAGAAUCAAAGAAGCGAAAUAUUUUUCAGUUAUUCUUGAUUGUACUCCAGAUGUUAGUCAUGAAGAACAAAUGUCUCUUGUAAUAAGAUGUGUGGAUGUUUCAACUAAUCAAGUACAGGUGGAAGAGUUCUUUUUAGAAUUUUUAAAGGUGGAUGACACAUUGGGAUUGGGUCUUUUUAAUGUACUUAAAGAGAGGAAAGUUUUCAAAGAUCAUGUGGAAGGUCUCACAUUGAAGCCAUUGUCACAAAUAAGGUGGGAAAGUCGCGUUGAAAGUAUUAAAGCAAUAAGAUAUCAAGCUCCACAAAUAAGAGAUGCUUUAAAUCAUUUGGCAAAUCUUGGUGAACCCCACAAUACAAAGAGUGAAGCUGAGUCUUUAGCAAAUUACGAAAUUGAGAACUUUGAAUUUUUGCUUGGCAUGAUUAUUUGGCACAAUUUAUUGUUUGCAGUUAACUCAGUUAGCAAAAUAUUUCAAAGGGAAGACAUGCAUAUUGAUGUUGCUAUAAUUCAGUUAAAAAGACUCAUUACCUUUCUUGAAAAGUAUAGAGAAACUGAAUUUUUGGAUACCAUGAUUGAGGCAAAAGAAAUUGCUACUCUAAUGGAAAUUGAUCCAGUAUUUUGUGAAAAGCGUGUCAUUUGUAGAAAAAAGCAAUUUGAUGAGAAUGUUAGUGAAGAGGUGACACCACUACUACAAAAAUAG